GCGAGGCGGCGGCGGCGGCACCGAGAUGAGCGGCAAGGAAGGAAAUGGAGAGAGCUCCACAUGCUCAGCUCUCUCUCAAGGAUCAGGUGGGUUCAGGAAACGAAAGCAUGACAAUUUUCCACAUGGUCAAAGAAGAGAGGAGAAAGAGAAUGUUAAUCCCUCCUCAGCUGUGAUGACAUCUUUUAAAUCUUUUCAGCUGGAGCUGGACACCAGGCACGAUAAAUACGAGCGCCUUGUGAAGCUCAGUCGUGAUAUAACCAUUGAAAGCAAAAGGACAAUAUUUCUGCUCCACAGGUUUACCAGUGCUCCCAAUGGGGAGGAAAUUCUGAGUGAAUCUGAAGUCAAACUAGAUGCUGUCCGACGGAAGAUUAAGCAGGUGGCACAAGAACUGGUUGGAGAAGACAUGUAUCAGUUCCACAGAGCUAUCUCUCCAGGCCUUCAAGAAUAUGUUGAGGCAGUUUCAUUCCAGUAUUUUAUCAAAACACGAUCUUUGAUUAGUGUUGAAGAGAUCAACAAACAACUUGUGUUUACAGCUGAAGACAGAGGUGAAACGGCAAACACGACCUCCAAUUCCCACGAGAAGCCAGCAGGCACUUGGAGCCUGAAGGUGACACCUGUGGAUUACCUGCUGGGAGUGGCAGAUCUGACUGGAGAGCUGAUGAGGUUGUGCAUCAGCAGUGUUGGGAAUGGUGACAUUGACACUCCCUUUGAACUCAGCCAGUUCCUACGGCAGAUUUAUGAUGGUUUUACUUUCAUUGGCAACACUGGACCUUACGAAGUAUCAAAGAAGCUGUAUACCUUGAAACAGAGCCUGGCAAAAGUAGAGAAUGCCUGCUACACCUUGAAAGUCAGGGGGUCUGAAAUCCCCAAGCACAUGCUGGCUGAUGUGUUCUCCACCAAAACAGAGAUGAUUGACCAGGAGGAGGGUCUUCCUUAAAAGAAGGAGACUGUUGCAUUGCAGAAAGAAAGAAAAAACUUUGGAAUCGUGGUUCCUAGGGUUUGGACCCUUCUCAAAGCUUUUUAGGUAGAAAUAUGUUUAGUUUUAUCUGUGAGAAGGUUGUUUGCAGUGAUAAUUUGUAACAAAGAAUACUUUUUAUGAUGUGCAAGAGAACACAUGUUUGACUCUGUCCUCUCAGUGUGGAUUUUCUGCAUUGCUCCAUUGGAUCAUCUUUCAGAAUGACCAAAAUUUCCACUGCAACCUCUGCACCAGUGACUCUCAGUUGGGCAAAUCACCUCAAACUCUUGUGGCUGCUGCUACAAACACAGCAGUGGAAAAAAGUAUGGUUGGGUACUGCUCUCCAUACACCUCUGCUGACCUUCUUUCUGAGUAUUGGGAUCCUGUACUCAUGUAGUACCUGAAACAGUGCACCUCUGUGUGUAUCAGUUCCUCCUUGGACUUAAAACUGAGGUGGUCUCAAAGGUACCAUGUAACUUAAGUCUUCUCUGAGUGCUUUUGAGCAUGAAACUGAAGCUAAAUCAACUUUUCAGCAGUUGAUAAUGAAGCAAAUUGCACCCUGUAAAUACUGCUGUGCACUUAUGAUUUCGGGGCUCUGUUUAAAUAGAGUUCUGCUGAAGUUAACACUGGUACUUUGCAGCCUUGAGCUGGAAAAUUCACACAAAAAAAAAUUGUGGAAUAAAUGUACUGGGUUACAUUUUUUCUAAUGCAGUUUUAUACAGAGUUUGACAUCUUUCUGUUUGUAAAUGAAAGCAGAAGACCUACCUGUUCUGUUUAACAUGAAUAAUUUGGUGUUAGGACAAACAGUUUUGGGCCCAAACAAACACAGUAAAGUGUUGGAAGUCUCUUCUCUUCUGUUUGUGCUGCCCUGAGGACCCCCAAUGGGCUUGAACUGCUCUAAGUCAAGCUUUAAAUCUCUGUUAGCAGGAACUAUUAUCAUGUACCUAUGGAAAGGAAACUGCAGACAGGACUAAGGCAGACAUUCAGCCUUCCACAUUUAUCUUUGAGGUGGCUAUGUCACCACUGGCAAAAAGUCAGGGCUUUCUGCUGGUGUUUGAAGUUAGGAAAGUCUGAUAAUGUACAUUAUGCUAAAGGAAAACAGAUAAAACAACGUGGUCUUGAGACUCCAGGAAAUAGGCCUCCCAGCUGCAAUUGAAAAUACUGCAUGUUUUUGAUUUCCACUUCCAUAUGCUGAGAUACUGCCAAUAUUUUCCCAGGAGCAUGUCCUGAGUAGCUGGGAUUAUCUGAUAGAUGGUUGGGAAUGGGUAGAUACAUUUCUGUCACAUUUUUCCAUUGUUUCCACAUAAAGCAAUAUGUGGUAGGUUGAAAAAGAAGUGGCAUUUUUCCUAUUGUUUAAUACUAUUUUUUACAAUAAAUUCUGCAAAGCA